UUAUGACGGAGAUAAAUCUGAAACGUUCACUGUCAUUUCACCUGCUUUAAAUUUUGACAUGAUCCUAUUUUUGUCGAUUUCAUAGGAGCACUUCUACGAUGCUGCAAGUGGGAGUGGAUAUCUUGCUUGGCGUCUAAAAACGGUCCUUAGAAACACUCGUCGCACUGAAAAGUAGCGAGCACCGAAUUAAAUUGUAGUGAGCCUAAUUACAAGGUAAAUCAAGAUUUUGAACUUCUCUUCAAUUUGGACACAUCCUCGAAGUUAAUGGAAAAAUGGGACAGAACCUUAAAGCCAAAAAUUAUCCAGGAAGCAAAAACGCCUGACACAGACACCUGCUGUUCAGUGUCUUAUUUUGUCAGCUGAGAAAUCCUCAGAAAUAGCCAAUGAUUCAGCCUGGGACAGUGAUUUGUCUGCACUGAUGCUGCUUGUUCACCUUCUUCCACCAGCUGCUGGGCGGAAGAUGGCUGCAAAAAUAAGUGCCUCAUAACUGCAUAAUAAGCUGACAAACUUGUGUUUCAUAAGGUGGCAAAGAAAACCCAUUUACAGUUCCACCUAGUUACCACUACUGGUCCCCAUGGAUAGGUCCGAAAACAAGAAAAUCUACGAUGGUAUUAAACACCGAGAAUGCAAAGGUACAUUCUUCAGGAGGAGGAAGUGACAUUGAUGUACCUCUUACUGAGGAAAGGCUUGGAGACGAGCUGCCCCACCUCAAGGUUGAAGAUUUGAAAAAGCUGUGUCGGCAGUGUGGGGUUGACGUUGUUGGUUCCAAAAUGGACCUCAUUCUCAGACUUUGUGAUAAAAUGUCAAAUAGAGUGACGUACAAUAAGGUGUUUGAACAGGUGUGGGGUGCUUCAGGAGGAGUGGGUGUGAUCAUGUGUCCUUGUGGUAUCGUGUAUUCUGUUAAAUUUAACUUGAGAGCAGAAAGUCCCUGUGACUUUGCAGACCUCCUGUUGUCUUGGAAACACUUUCCCAAUAUUACAAUUUAUGAUUACCCUCGAGGAUUAGUGGCACACACAAAUAAGCGAAAACAACUUCACCCACCUUUCCACCCCUUUGAGGGCAGAGUUCAAGACCCCUUACCUGAAAACAUACAGAAGGCAAAAGAAGGGAAGUUAAAGGUUCAUCUUCCCUGGCUGGCUCACAGCAAAAAAGCUGUGGAUCCUGACUGCCACCCACUGACGGGUUCCUCUGAACACGUCCACUACUGCCUGUGUGACGUCUUCCACCAAAACAAUAGUAAAGAUGAGAGAGAUGUUCAUGCGCACGAUUGGUCUUGUACCCGAGCUGGCUGGAAAAAUCAACAGUCAGUGUGCAGAACAGCUGUUUUCUGAAGUAAAGAAGAACAAUUACUUCAUGAAUAUGUUGAGACCAUCCGCGCGCACAUUUCUUGCACGAAACAUCCUUCACCAUCGGAACCUUGCACGGAAUUGGACAAAUUCUUGAAGUGUUUCAUCUUCUUCCUGAGGCAAUCAUAAUUUGCAGUUAGAUUCCAAUGGAAAGCCAUACUUGGUAAUGUUUACAUAUUCUAUUAAUGUGUUGCAAGUGAAUAAAAAAAAUCAUUCUCUUCGAUUAAUUGUACCGUGUCUUUAUAUCACAUGCGUAGGACCAGAACCAAAUGUGGCACCAGAUUAUGCAAAGACAACUCAAACUUUGAAUGCAACCGUGAAUGUUGAUGAAAUGCAUGAAGGUUAGAUAUGUUCUUUAACUUAAAAAUAGUUUAUGGUAUUUCACUUUAAAGCGGGCGUAACACACGCGGUUUCUGCCAAUCUCAUAUUAAUCUUGAGUACCUAUAGAUUAGUAUUGCAUACUUCGUAUCUUCAAAGAGUAUUUAGUUUGAUCGCAUUUAUAAAAGAUAGAUACAGCUUUACGAUUGUUUCCAAAAACAUACAGCACGUGUGGGGGGAGGCUGAACUAAAGCACGUGCGCACCCAUUGGCAACAAAACACAGACAUCAGUUUCACUCACCAUUUCAAACGAUCUCCAAAUCCAGCGUUAUAUCCAACGUUUAUAUAACAUUCAUCACCCAAAUGCAGUGAACAAACAAACACCUGAACUUCGCGAAUGUAUGCUCUCUCUCUCCUGCACACAAGUGGGCGUUCCGCAUGCUUUUCUGGAAGAAUUGUCCAAUAAGGGACUAAGAAGAAUUGUUACAAAUCAGUUUUAUGUUAGCAAAAAACUUUCCGAAACCUGUACGAUCGCUGGGGGAGUGUAUCGAGCACAGAAAUACUACGUAAUACGCCCAACUCAUUUUUUGACAAGUUGACUAUGUUAAGCAUGAGAAGACUGCACGUUUAACAUUUUUAAGAAGUCGGAGUGCAUGAAACACCGUUGCAGGGCCGCUUUAAGUGAUUGUUUUGUGUCUUACUUUCGUACAGCUAUCCAGUCACAGUGUCACCAGAAAUGUUGUCCAGAUCCUGUCAUAACGAGCCUGAACCUUGUUAAAGCUAGCAAAACAUUUUGGGGAACCAUACCAAAUGAGAAACAACUGCAGUUGGGAAGUUAAUUUUAA